GUACAAUAUUGUGCAGGAUUUUUUCCUCUGAAUGAAAUAGUUUAAUAUAUAAUGCAAUCAGGUGAUAUAUUAUUAAAUUAAAUUAUUUCAAUGAAAGUAACUCUGUGUUUUCAUUCCUGUUUCCUGCAGUGCCAGACACCAUUCAAUCAACAAAUGACACAAGUAAGUUCUCAAUUUGCGCUUUCCAAUAUUUAAGGAUGGCCUUGAAUAAGACUUAAAGAGACGCUCAGGCCCCUAAAGCACUUUAGCUUCCUGAAAUUCUUUAUGUGUGAAGGGUGAAUGCUCUCUUUUCAUUUUAUAAAAAGUGCAGAUUUCAAUUGAAAUUGUCACUUUUAUAAAUUAACUUUGAUACAACCCCUGCCUGUCAUCAGACAGCUGGACCUGUUACUUCCUGGUUUGGUUAGCUGAGCUCGGUGGACCUAACCUCAAGAGGCAGGAAAUUGCUCAGAGCACCAGCCUUCUAAAGACUUCUAAUUGAGCUUCAUUGGGAAGUCUGUGAUUGGACAGCCACAGAAAGUCUUGACAGGUAAGAAGGGGAGGUCUUGCAAAGACUGAAGACAAGAGAUCUGUAGUUUUUGCAAGCUGUUUUUAGAUAUAUCCCCAAUGAAACAAUGCAUACUUAAAUGCAUGCAUGUUUUUAUUGGGGAUAUAUCUACUAAAGAGCAAUAUAUAUGAUCCAUGAUGUCCUCCUCCGAGGUUCUAACUCAAUCAGGGACUGCUUGGAUUUCUGUUUUAACAACUGCUACAUCUUUAGCAAAUAACUUCUGAAUGUCUUCGAAUAGGUUUUGAAUGUCCUGUCUAAUAGCCAGGGCAGAACCUUUGAGGACCAGAGGGUUCUGAUCUGUUGGCGCUGGGGUUGUGUUACAUGCCUCUCGGCCUUCAAAGUCGGCUAUCUUGAUGUGCACCUGUCUUUGCAAUAGAAUGCCGAUGUCUCUUUUUACAACGGGAGCCGCCACAUUAGGCUUCUGGGAUCUGUGUCCCAUCUGUGCAGAGUCCAGUGUGUGCCCUGGAGCUGUCGCUGUCCUAGUGAGGUCUCUGUUAUAACUGGAGUCUGCUGUAAGGCUUCCAAUGCCAGUGAGGGGUGGGGAGAAGUAGCCCCCUGCAUUGCAGUGCUGCUAUUUUGCUAUUGGACCUAAAAAGAAGGGCAUCUAUUGACAAGGUAGUAGGUGUAUCUCUGUCUUAUACUACUGGAUCAGCUGGAUAUUUGCUUGCUCAUGGACAUAGCUGAAUUGAUAGCUGCUAAAUCUAUCAAUCUCAACAGUGUAUCAGUCUUAGAGGGAUGGAAAGAUGGGUUGACUUUACCAGGAACAAAACAUACAGAGCUGAAGUUUAAGCAGAUUUCACAGUUGGUGCAUGACAUGUGCACGGUCGCCUUGUCUGCAUAUGUAUAAACCCCACCAAUACCCAUUUCCAAUAAAACACUGACACCAUGGAUUUUUGGAAAAAUUUAUAUCACAGCUUUAUUGAUUAUUAACAUAAAAUAUAAAGGUUAUUGUCAACAGCAGGCCAAUUACCAUCCUGCAUUUUACAAAUUAAACCCCCUGACAAUGACCCACUCCCACAUAACAUAAUACCCAAACAAACAUUGUAACAUUUAACUUAACAUUGAAACAUGACCAUUGCCACCAGAGGGCACCAUCCAUUGCCACCAAAGGGCACCACAUGUGUAGGGGCAUACCGAGACACCCCUACACACCCCAGUUCGGCGCUACCUACGAGCUUGAACCUACCAAACCAGUCCAAAGGCCUACCUAUUAGCCCUGAACUCGAAACUGUUUCCCCAUCUCACUCUUUUCUCCCCCCAACUUUACUCUCCAUCCCCCGCCGCCGUGACCAAACGGGAAACACCUGAAAGCAAAGGGAGGGUGGGUGGGACAACAACAGGUAAGUGCAACUUAGAUUAAAGUGAUCCCUAGAUCUAAAAUGGCCACUACUUUUACUCCCCUUAUAACUCCACCCCACUCCAUUUCCUUAAACCAAUCCCUAACCACUGACCCUUAGAUGCCUGUCUCCUGGCAAUGUCAAGGCCCACUCCCCUUAGCUACGCUGCUCCAUGGGCUACAUAAUGAAUAUAUUGUAAAGUUGUACAUCCUAACACUAAACAUUUUGCCAAGAAAAUAUGCUGUCAUUUCAGAUUUAUCUUUAAAACAAUUUUCAUUGCCUAUUUACCAUCUCUGCAGCCUUGAAGAGAAUUGUCAUGGGAUGCGUUCUUGGAUCCAUAUUUCUUAUCUUGCUAUUUGCUGGCGUAUUCAUGAAAGGGUAAGAGACGAUAAAAACCGUAUAGAGCACGAGCCAAAUGAUUUAGGCAUUUUAAAUUCACACAUCAGAAACUAAUUACCAAAGCAGAUAGUUCUAGAGCGAGAUUGACAAGCUCCAUACUGUCCUACAAACUUGGAUUAAAAAAUAAUAGAACCCACAAAUGCUGUCUUCAGCAAGUGUGAGGGAAUGCGAAUAUAUUGAACAAUAGACAUUUUGUGGCCAAUGCUGGCUUUUGUAGGCUGUUACUAAACAGAAACCUAAUGCUAAUUUUUGUAUUUUCUUUUAAGGAAUCGGUUUAUUUGUUGCGUAAAAGAAAAACCCAUGGUCCAUACAGAUGUCCCACCAGAAAUUACAGUCCCAUCACCCACAUGGAACAAAACUAGUUCCUAUACACCACUUCGAAAAGACUCAAGGUACAUCAAUUUAACUGGGUUUGCCAUCGACAAGCGCCCACCGAUCAUCCGUCCAGAUAUAGUCUACCAAGUCCAUAUGUAUGAUAAUACUGGAUAUGACAGAACUGGGGAUGAAUAACGAGAGAAUGGAAAAUGGUUGGAGUGUGCUACAAUACCCAAAAAAAGAGAAUAGGUUUCAUUUGUGCAGAAAUCUAAAUGGGCAUCUACUUUGGAGUAGGCAAGUGCUAUGAUAAUUUACCCAGCCUCGUCCAAACAGGCAACGGGUAUUAUCGAUGACCUGCUACCUCAUGAAAAGGAGGAAGUUUUGUGUAAAUUCCAUGGAAAUGUUCAAUUAAUUAUCUCAAAGGAUUUUUUUUAUUUUUUUUUGUGUAUGUGAAGUUUGGGGUGAUAUUGGAUUCUGGAAAAAUCCUCAAUAACAUCAUGAGAUUUUAGAAGAGUUAUGAAAAUACAGAACACAUGUUCUGAGAAGACUCAUUUUGAGACAUAUGACAACAACUCCACUCUCAGAAAUAUGUAAAGUCAAUGGGUUUGUGCAACGUUGCCAUGAUUCUAAGAAUAUAAUAACCAGGUGCUUUUAAAGUGCAUCUAUAGUGAUAAACAGGAUUCAGUGCCACUUUACAAACAAUUUCUGUCUAUACAUGGAGCCAUCCCAGAGAGCUACAAAAUAGAAAGAUGAAAAGUUAAUUCGAAUUUCAAUUUUUUUCCUUUAUAUCCGUGGGAAUUAUCGCAAUGCUCAUGAAGAUGCCACGUCCCCAAAUAUGCAGCAGCAUUCCACAACUCGGUGUGCACCCUCACACAAAAAUCUGUGGUAUGUUACUCUCAUCAAGAAGGGGCAAAAAUCUACAUAAGGUUCACUCCGUUCUAACGUAAUGAUUUUGAAAGCAGAAAAUAUAGAUUUAAAAAUAAACCUACGUGACAAAGAGGUUCUCUCAACAUGACCAGUUGAGCAGCUUAAUUAAAUGACAAUAUUUUAAUAUUUUAACACAUCAUUUGUUUUGUUAUGUCUUGCAAUUUUUUUUUAACAGUUUUAGAUUAAAUUAAAAUGCUUUUAUAGGAGCGUGUUUAUGUUUAUGUGUUUAUAUGAGCUAAUAGUAUAUUUACCAUUAAGAACUAAGAAUUUUUAGUUUGUGAUAAUUUAACAGAUCCCACCCAAAAAUUUUACGAGCGUCUUACCUUCAUUGAUGAGGAUGAAUUUCUGACAGAAAUAUUGUCCGCCUACUGGCGUACUAUGGAAACAAGCACUUUUACUUUUCACGUAUUCCAUUUUUUGGUAACUGCCAAUGGCCGCACCAUUUAGCACAGUAAGGCAGGAGUCAGGCAGCAGGCAGAAAUUGUCCGUCACUGUGUUUGAUUGUUCUUGGGCUGAUGGCCCAUGUUUUUAAUGUUGUGACCAUGGACCUGUGUGUUUAACGUGGAAAAAAGGCUGUUUGUUUUACUUGCCCUAUGGUUCGAACAUUGUCAGUGUACUUUAUUCCUCCACUAGCACUUGGAAGAUGUACACUGUUAGACCUCCUCCCAUCCUCUUGUCCUGAACCACUCCACUUGUGACUCACUCUUCUUCCUAUAGUCGGUGUACAGUACACUUUUAUUUUAGGCUUCACUGAUGACAUCAUGCCACUGUUAAUUCAAUAAAUUUGUAAUGAUUUUGAUUUGUAAUGAUUUUGAUUUGGCGAAUAUGGGGCCGGAUUGGAUUUUAAUGUCGAUGUAAGGAUUCUGCCAUCUGCAAGGAAACCACCACUGGAGAUCAUAAGGAAAUAAAUCAUUUGCUGCUGA